AUGGCUCCCGCGACAUUCAACGUCUUGCCCGUCGAGCUGGUCGAGUCUAUCAUAUCGUUUGUGGACCUCCCGGACAUCUGCUCGCUUCGUCUGGCGAGCCGCGCAUUCAAUGACAGGACCUCUCACGGCCGCUUCAAGGCCUUUUGUCAGCGCAGGGAAAUCCUUCUCACCAUGCCGGCUCUCGAGAAUCUCGUACGUAUCACGAGCCAUGACCGCUACGGCCGCCGCGUGGCAUGUCUCCUGCAAGACUGCACCUUGACUGGCCUCUUGGAGGAGAGUCAGGUCAAGCUUGUGGACAGGGGUGGCCACCUGAGGGCGCCACCGCCGCAGCUAGUGGCAGGUGAAGACGCAGAUAUGACGGCACGGCAGACAGAGCUCCUCACAGAGGUAUUCCGCAACAUUAAGAAGGCGAGACGUAACGACGACAAAAACGGCCACAACGGCAUAUCAUUACUGAGCUUGCGGGUUGCCGUUCGCCAGGAGGACGGCGUGCUGCGUGGCGCAGAAAGCAUUACCAUGAACUUUCUACCUCUCUGGGACAUGGCUCAGCGGACGUUUCGCAUCGCGAUAGAUGCGCUGCUGGCCUCGAAUCUGGGCGUCAGCACGCGUCUGGACGUCUUCCACUCCCAGCAGCGAUGCAGCUUCUCCAGCCGUGUUUUUGUCGACAUCCUGCAAGACAGGAUGGCGGAAACAUCACUCGCAUCGUUGACAUCCGUAUUCUCGACAUUGCAGCACCUGGAUAUAAGCCUGUCGGGGCCCCAUCGUGCCUCAGGGCGGCGGAUUACAAGCGAAGGCACCGCUACACAAUUGACGGUCAUCGAACAGCAAGCUGUCUACUUUAUGGAAGUCUUGCACACGAUCCUAGAUCUGAUGGCUACCGGUGCCCUACCAACGAUAAAAAAACUUGACAUUCAUUGGUUCAAAGUACAUCCGUACCAGCCAGAUACCGAGGAAGAGGAAGAGAGGGAGGGGGAAUCUUCCGUCACACUCCCUGAGCCAUCCCCACUACCGCCACUAUCCUCUACACUUGAGAAGCUGUCCACCACAUCAAUACGCCUCGACUCUUUUGCCCUCAGCGGCGUAAAAUUUACCACCGCUGAUAGUCUGCUACAGGUCCUCCAGGCGCUGCAGCCCAGCCAUGUCACGCUGUAUGAGAUCGUGCUGCCCAGCGGCGCGUACGAUGCGGUGUUUGCCUACCUCGCAGAUCCGGCCAGCCCCGUCACAUCCUACCACCUGGACGACUUGAAUGAUGUCAACAACGGCAAGUUGCGCUAUAUGUAUCUCUUCGGCCCGGCCAAGCCAAAGUACCCGGGCUGGCCGCGUCCUAGGACGCUGACCCGUGGUACGGACGAGGCCAAAACUGCCAUCUGCUACGAAAUGAGACCGACCCGGAUUCUGGGCUCGGGUGAGGCCAUGAACUGGAGAGCUGCAAGAGCCAGAAAGUUCGGCUUUCUUACUGCCUCUACGGCGCUGGCCGCUAAGACACUGUUCAGCUCAAGCGGGAGUCGUGUUCCGGCGGCGCAGCUUGCCAGACCUUUCUCGAUAUCUACGGAGUACAUAGUAGCUCGUUCUGGGCACUAA